AUGGGUGGUACUAAUGCUCGACGCAGGCUGCACGUUGGCGGGAAAUAUUCAGAUUUGACGGUCGUGUGCAAUUACCGGCAAUGGGCUGUUCACAGAGCAAUCAUAUGCUCGCGCAGCGGUUUCUUUGACGGCGCUUGUGGCAGUUCAUUCCUGGAAGCAGACAGCCGUAUGAUUGACCUUUCAGACGACGAUGAAGAGGCUGUCAAUCAAAUGAUACAUUUCUUCUACCACUUGGACUAUUUGAACCAUCCAGAACAACCGAGAGCGACUAUAUUCCGACAUCGAGCCUCCUCGGAUGCGCGGAAGAAAUUGCUAAAGCGCAUCGACAUGUCACUGGUCUGCGAUCCACUUCUCGCAGCAGCAGGCUGCUACACGCCAGAAAGCCCAGUAUCGCCCGUUUCAUCGAUGGACGAAAAGGUACCAUUUGACCUCACCGAGAAAGCACAACGAGGACGCUCAAGAACGCCACCCCUUGUUGCUGACGACGAUACCGACUAUGAGUCUGUAGAAGGUGAUGAGAACUUACCAGAGGACGAAUCUCAUCUUUUGCUACAUGCUCGGGUCUAUGCACUUGCAGAGAAGUACGACAUUCCUUCUCUGAAGCAGAUAUCUCGCUCCAAAUUCGAGAUGGCAAUGGCUUGUCAUUACGACUCGGCAGAUUUUCCAGAAGCAAUCGAAGAAGUCUACUGCUCUACGAUUGACGGCGAUCGUGGUCUUCGGGGCAUAAUCUGCGAAGCGUUCAGUUGUCAUCCACAGCUUGCACGCACUCCUGACGUUCUGGCAAUCAUUCAGGAGCUACCGAGUCUGGCACUUGAUCUCUUCAAGCUGGAGCGUGGUAUCCCAGUGUCAAUGUAG